GUUAACGGGCAGCAGCCGAGUCCUUUCACUUAAAGCCGAUAUCUCUCCCUCUCUCUCUCACGUAUAAGAUGGCGAGUCUACUGAACUCGGCUCCAAAUCCAACCGCCAUUGCUCUGAAAUCACCGACCUCUCGCCUCGCUUUCUCUUUCACCGCAACCAGGGCGAAGAUGUCGUCGCCGUCGACGGUUCGGGGCUCUCCAUCUCUUCCCGAGAAUUGCAUCGUCCUUGGAUGUGGUGCGGUGUCAGUGGACUUCUUGGCAGCAGUAGCCGCCUACCCGAAGCCGGAUGACAAGAUCAGAAGCACCAACUUGAAGAUUCAAGGAGGUGGAAAUGCGGGGAAUGCUUUAACAUGUGCAGCCCGUCUGGGCUUAAACCCAAGACUGAUUUCCAAGGUUGCUGAUGAUGCUCAAGGGAGAGGAAUACUAGAGGAGCUAGAAAAUGAUGGUGUAGAUCCUUCCUUUCUUGUGGUCUCCAAGGAAGGCAAUUCACCAUUUACCUAUAUCAUUGUUGAUGAACAGACGAAAACUCGUACUUGUAUUCACACCCCAGGAUUCCCGCCUAUGAUUCCUGACGAGCUCUCCAAGUCAAGUUUGUUAUCUGCAAUAGAUGGAGCAAGACUUGUCUAUUUUGAUGGGAGAUUGCAUGAAACAGCUCUAGUUGUUGCACAGGAGGCAAAACGCAGGAAUAUAUCCAUCUUAAUUGAUGCAGAAAGAAAAAGGGAAGGGUUGGAUGAUCUCCUCAAUUUGUCAGACUAUGUUGUAUGUUCAGCAAAGUUUCCACAGGCAUGGACUGAGGCGCCAACUAUUCCGAGUGCACUACUGUCAAUGCUCUUGAGGCUUCCAAAUAUUAAGUUCGUGAUAGUGACCUUAGGUGAAGAAGGUUGCAUAAUGCUUCAGAGAAGCAUAAUGGAGGGUGACCAUUCUGAAGAAAUGGACAUAGACAAUUUAUCUGAGUUGCUGAAGCAGAGAAAGGAGCAUAACACAGUCAUACCAACAAGCAUUUCAUCGGCAGUGACUAAAAUGACAGCUAAUGGGAUAGGAACGGUGACUGGGAGGCUAUUUCUUGGAACGGCAGAGAAGAUACUGCCUUCAGAACUCAUUGAUACAACGGGUGCAGGAGAUGCUUUUAUUGGAGCAGUUCUUUAUGGUAUUUGUGCGGGCAUGCAACCAGAAAAGAUGCUUCCUUUCGCCGCCCAAGUGGCAGCUGUUGGCUGUAGAGCCAUGGGAGCUCGGACUGGUCUUCCACAUCGAACCGAUCCACGAUUGGCCCCCUUUCUAUGAUAGGAACUCUGAAUUAGUAACCCCUCACGAUUGUUGCAUUGAGCCCAGUAAGUACCCUUUAACUUAAGCUCCCGCUCAUUGAUCUAGUUCAUCCUCGUGCGAUGCACUAAAGUUUAUAUGUAUUGAAUUUAUUUAAAAUUGACAACUUCACAACCAUAAAUUCCAUUUAAACUACACAUUUUUUAUAA